UCACAGAAAUAGAACAGCGAGUUUUAAAAAUUAGAAGAGUGCUUUUUGAGGAGACGGAGGCACAGAAAGAUAGAAGGAAGAGAGUAUGGGAGACGUUGUAUUGUUUGUGGAGGACUUGCAGUCAAAUUAUGGAGUAUCGCACUGUAGAAUUUGCCAUGAAGAAGAAUAUGAAAGCUGUAAAAGCCUGGAAGCUCCUUGUGCUUGCUCUGGCACUGUCAAGUUUGCUCACAGAGAUUGCAUACAACGAUGGUGUAACGAGAAGGGAAACACAACUUGUGAAAUUUGUCUCCAGCGAUAUGAGCCUGGGUAUACUGCACCUUCAAAAAAGUCUCAGCUGAUUGAGGCAGCAGUGACCAUCAGAGAUAGCUUGCAAAUUCCAAGAGGAGAGCACGAGACAGAGAGCCCAAGAUUAGUGGGUUUAGCCGAUGGUUUAAGUUUAACGGCAGAAUCUGAGUAUGCUGAAUGCAAUUCAGCAGGGGAUAGAAACGCCGGUUGCUGCCGCUCAUUGGCUCUUACAUUUACUGUUCUCUUGCUCAUUAAACAUCUCUUCGCUGAGCUCACUGGAAAAGCCCAAGAUUACCCAUUUGCACUUCUUACUAUACUUAUUCUAAGAGCCAGUGGAAUUAUACUACCCAUGUACAUAUUGUUUCGCACAAUUACAGCAAUUCAAAACAGCAUUCGGAGGCAAUAUCAUGAUUCCGAUGAUGAAUUCUCAGACUCUGAUAAUGAUGAAGAAGAUGAUGAGGAUCGGACGGAUCAAAAUCAGCGGCGUAUGGUUUAACGACAGCCAUCUCACUGCUGUGAUUUUUCUUUGAAAACAAGUCAUUUUAGUUCUUCAACACCAGCUUCUUUACAUAUAUGGGCAAGGCCAACAACAACCUGUUGCACUAUUGACAAAAAUGAAUCACCGAAAUUUACGUCAUAACUAUUUACACACUAAAAGCAGAUUUACUUCUUCCGGAAAAGUAAAGGCCUCAACAAUUCCUAACAAAUCUCCUGGCAAUUUCUACAGCGGCUCAACCUAAAUUACGAAAAUAUGUGCCAACUGAUGAUCACAUUGUUGUAUCUAAUUUACUUUAUCUGUGAAACAAGGUUCAAUUUUCACUUGCAUAAAUUCCAGAUGUACCAAUCCAAGAGUCCACAAAAGAUUCCGUACCACGAAAUUAUAUAGAUCAACAAGAAUACUUGUGCCACUGAUCAAAUCUUGGCUGAGGACCAUCUUAUUAACAAAUUGGUGAAUUGACAGUUCAUCUUUGGAUUC